AUGGCGGAACGAACACCAGCGGCUACGACCGUACAGGAGCCGGUAGAGAGAAGAGAUACCCCAGGUUCGACAGCGCCGGACGCCGUCACCUUGAACGCCAGUAAUACCGAUAGCAUAUCAGCACCCAACAGGGACGGCAAUGGUACGGCAACCGAGCCAACGCCUGUUGGCGGCACCACCACCACCACCUUACAGUCACAAACCCCAAUAACCGUCGCCGUCUUCGGACGGUCCAGAGCCUGUGCAGUCAUAAACAUCAACAUAAACCAAACAGGCACCGCACUCCGCCGUCUCAUCGCCGCAGAGUUCUUCAAAGGCUCGCCAUUGGAAUUCAAUCCGCAUGAUCUGACCCUCUUCGACAUCAUCCGGGAGAACGUCUCCUUCAAUGACCCGCGAUUGUGGGAUUCUGCAACGCAUGGCGGGGACGACUUGGGCGAUGAUGGCGAGAGGGAUGAGCAGCUUGUCUCCCUCCUGUUCCCGAGUGCUUUGGAGAUCUCCCCAUUGGAAUACCUUUACACGUCCUUGCCGAAAUUAGGAGGCUUAGAUGUUAAUGGAAUGGUCAGAGUUCUCGCCGUGAUAAACUUAGUACCGAGACGUGGCACAUAUGCAGGAGCUUCGAACUCAAGCUCGGCCGCGGAAUUUGUUGACUCGGCGAUGGGAUCAGAUACACCGCCGGAAUACACGUCGCUGCCACGCACGCGUCCAGUUCAACGACGAAGACGAAGCGUCCCGGAUAUGUCGGAUGCUAAAGCGUUGCAGGAUUACUUACAAGCGGCAGGAAUGUCAAGCACUGCAGGGUCUUCGAACUUAGCGGCCGAGAAGCGUCUCUGGAGGCAGGAGAAUCUCCCAAUGAUGGGGCUUGGGUCUAUGGCGGAUAGGGAUAUCGAGGCUGCACCAGGCAGCUCCCCAGAAUCGAGGUUUGAUGAUGGACAAUCGUCAAGCGGUGGUGCUGCAAUCGUUUCGCUGGCUCGCUCCCCGCCUUCUACCGAGCUCCUGAUUACGCAAAAGAGCCAAACACCGGUGAAGAAGUCGUUACGUCGCCGCCUGAGUGGACGCAAAAUAAGGGUCAUUGGCAUAAUCGGAUGCAUCCUGCUAAUACUUGCCGUGGUCGCGGUAAUUUACGCAUUUCAAGCUCGGAAGCGCUCCAGUUACAGCGACCCGUCGGGGACGAUUUCCUCAUUCGCCUCGCGAAACAACCAGGUCUACUCCAGUUCCCGUCUGUCCCCCGACGGCCGAUGGCUCCUCGCUGGGUCAGCCAACACACCCACUUGGGACCUCUAUGACACAAACUCAAACACAUACGCGCGAUCCUACGACGGCUACACGGCCGCAAUAUCGCCCACGGACAACGACAUCAUGCUCACAGCCUCCAACAACCCCGCGGGCCCCAACAUCGCCCGUCUCUGGACCCUCACCGACGGCCGCGCCCUCUUCUCCGAACCCCUCGCACACCCCGUCCAAAAAACCCUCUUCACCUCCGACGGGCAGUACGCGCUCUUCCUCGGCGGCGACGCCACCACAUACACCAAUCUCACCAUCUACCAAAUCGUCGGCAAACCCCCCGUUCUCCAAUUGGUCGAUUUUGGAAACACCUACACGGGCGUCCCGCUCAAAGAUUUUACCUGGGACCUCACCCGCCCCAACGACCCGGUGUGGACAGUCAGCCUCUCCGCCACCUCCAACGAGGUGCGCGUGUUUUACCUCUCCGGUACCGUCGUGCGCUGGUCCCUGGUCCCAAAUCCACAGAGCUUAGGCGCCCUCGUGGGCGUAUCCUACCCCUUUGAGCAAAACGACACCACAACCGUGCACAUGAUGGAAGACCGCUACGAUUCCCCUUCGAUCCCCUGGUUCCGCUCCUCAACCCGCUCGAUCCACAAAUGGGACCCGGCGGCGACUUCACCCACCGCCACCCGCGUCAUCUCCAACAUCGCCGACGCCAACAUCACCUCCACCUCGUUCCAAUCCUUCGACGUCGACACGGACGAAAAAUACUUCUACCUCGCCUUCGCGAAUAACGGGACGGGGGGCGUGAAGGUGUUUGAUCUUGCGAGUGGGAAUGCGACGCCGGUGAGGACGAUUGAUCCCGGGUGUGCGCCGAGGCAUGUGAAGGUGGCGAGGGAUGGGAAGGCGAUUUUUUGUGCGUGUUUAGAGGGGACGAGUAGGGUUGAGGGGAGGGUGGUGGGGGUUGGUGGGGGGAAUGUGAAGGUUGGGGGUGUGCAUAAGGUUUUGCUGUGA